CUCAUUGAGAUUGACAUUUUUUAAAGCCACGGAUCGUUCCCUUCCCUUUUAGGGGCCUCAUUCCUCUACUUCUAGCACCGAAGUGUUGACGUGCUUUCUCCCCACUUGCCCUUUGAAAGUCCAUCUUGUACGGGAAUGCUGAGGUGCUUGCUGUUGAUAGUUCAACACCUCACCCCUGGGAAAGAAACAAGGAGAUCCUGGAGACCCUGUCUUUACUGCAAGGAGCAGAUCUCCCAAGGAGGAAAUCUGAGACACUAGUCUCUGAAUACUCUUUUAUGGCAUCUCCACGGACCUGGCAUCGCCUACAUUGUGGAUACUCCUCUUUACCAGCGAGUGUACUUCUCCCAGAGGGAGCUUCUUUUAUCCUUGGCUAGGCCUGGUGUUGGCUAAAUUUGUGGUUUUAAGAAAACCCGAGCCUGCAGGCAGCCGCCCUGGGAGAAGCCCUUUCCGUGGGCAGUCGGAACCUUCUGGACCAGAGGAGAAGCCGUCCCCUCACCUGGACUUAUGACCCGCGGCUUCGCCCCCAGCCUGCCCGCCGAGGUCCACAAGAUGGGCUCCUUCCGCAGGCCCCGACCGCGCUUCAUGAGCUCCCCGGUGCUCAGCGACCUGCCCCGAUUCCAAGCCACCCGCCAGGCCCUGCAGCUGAGCUCCAACUCGGCCUGGAACAGCGUGCAGACCGCGGUGAUCAACGUUUUCAAAGGCGGAGGCCUGCAGGGCAACGAGCUCUAUGCACUGAAUGAAAACAUCAGGCGGCUGCUGAAGAGUGAACUCGGAGCGUUCAUUACAGACUAUUUCCAGAACCAGCUUCUUGCGAAAGGACUGCUGUUUGUGGAGGAGAAGAUUAAGCUGUGCGAAGGUGACAAUCGCAUUGAGGUUCUGGCUGAAGUCUGGGACCACUUCUUCACUGAGACCCUCCCCACCCUGCAGGCCAUAUUUUACCCCGUUCAGAGUGUUCAUGAGCCCACGGGCCCCAGCGAGGGCUGUUUGCAGCUGGAGGAGCUGGUGAAGCAAGUGGUCUCUCCUUUCCUGGGCGUCAGCGAGGACCGCGGCGUCUCGGGCCCCACGUACACGCUGGCCAGGCGCCACUCCCGGGUCCGGCCCAAGGUCACGGUCCUGAACUAUGCCUCCCCGAUGGCCACCGGCAGCCGGCCCCUGAAUGAGAUGGCCCUGACCCCUCUGACGGAGCAGGAGGGGGAGGCCUACCUGGAGAAGUGUGGCAGUGUCCGGCGGCACACGGUGGCCAACGCCCACUCGGACAUCCAGCUGCUGGCCAUGGCCACCAUGAUGCACUCGGGCCGAGGCGAGGAGCCCGGGCCUGAGGACCAGUGCCUGCUCCUGCCGCCCCGCUUCUCCCCGCCCCACCGCCAGUGCUCCAGCGAGCCCAGCAUCACCGACGGCCCCGAGGAGCUGGAGGGGGUGCCCGGGGGCUGCCCGGAGGACUCGGAGGCCAACUGUGCCUCCCUCAGCUGACUGCCCACCGGGGCACCUCCCAGCUCUGCCCAGCAGCCAGCCUGAGGACAGCCCAUCCUGUGACUCACCAGCAGGUGCUUCCUUGGGGGCAAGGCUGCCUCGUGUCUUCUUGGGGACAAGCCUCGUCUGAGUGCCCGGGGGAAUCCCUGUUGUCAACCUCUCCGUUUUUGUGCCUGUGACCACCUGUUCGCAGCCACGCAGACCCAGCGGGCUGGUGCCCACUUUCUGAUUUCCAGCCUGGCCUGCCUGACCCGGGGUUCAUCUCUGGGCUUCCCCACUCAGAUCCUGGACUGCCCAAUGCCCCCCAGGAAACAGCCUGGUGCCCUGGCGUUGCUGUGGCAGGAGGCUGUCUGGGCCACGCCUAGAGCCCAGAGGAUGUGCGGGAGUUCCCCUCUGGGUCUGGUGAUGCAGAGGUGUGUGGGUGAAAGGUACCUCUCCUUCCCUGUUUGUGGGGAGUGGAUGGAGACGCAGCCCCUAUCCAGCAGGGCCCUGGGAAAGCACCUUCCUCCUUUUAGUUUCAGGAUUACAGGGACAGAGUUGCCCCCUGGUGCUGAGGGUCCCCUACGUCACAUCGUCACAUCCUGGAAGCCACCAGGUUGGAUGAAGCCUCUGCAUUUCCCCCCAGGCUUCCUCCCAAACUCACAGAACCAGCCUCCCAGGGGCGUCGCUGGUGCCUUCAUCCCUCUCUGACGUCAGAAACUGACCGUUCUCCUGUUGUGGGUGAAGGGCCGGCUGAUACCAACCAACUAGUCUUGUUCCUGGAUUUGACUUGAAUUUUUAAAAUGUGCGUUGUUUCAAA